GAUGAUUGUGGUGUUUGAUCCCCGCAAUGCCGAAACUCCAGCUCAAGUCAAGAUGACUAGAAUGCACCAAUGCACGGCGACAUACUCGUAUGCAGAGCUCGGCUUGACGUCGCGUGCAGUCAGGCAAGACUUUCAUAAUCCGGGAAUGGACAGCUCGGUUGAGUGAGGAGCAAGGUUCGUUGUCAAUGUCCUUUGACUUUAGUUUGUAGGCUACGCUUCUUCACCACACAAAGUAGCUACAUUUACUUGCGGGGUGACUGCGAUUACCGUGUGUGUGUGGCGAGGACAAAAAUAGAUCAUACUGAUCUAUCGUCUUUUGAGACCAACUGUUUACUGAAUCUAUCAUACAACACUGACUGUACUUUCUGGCAACGUGUACAUCUACCAGUGCCAGUGGAGCUUCACUCUUGUUCUGAUGCCUACAUAUUGUGGCAGAAAGUGGAUCUACACUUUUGGUAUCUGUUGUGUGAUCAGACGUUCCUGUAAUCUUUGUGUAGACCGGCCGGUUCAGUACUAGGGCCAUUUGCUUGCGGAAGCACUUGAUUCAAAAGAUUGAAUCGCUGAUAUCCAGCCAAAGAUAGCCAUCCAUCCAGGCAGGGGCAGCCGCUUUCCACCGCGCCAAUUCCAAGGGCCAGAUGAGAUGACACACAGCAUCCGCUGCAGUAGAGUUUGUCCACAUCCCUGUACUACUAGUACUACUACACUUCGCUCAAGAACUUGAAUUUAUGUUCUAGUUAAAGUCGACGCUGAGGUCAAGCUUUCCAGUUGAGCCAGUGCAGCAGCAGGGAACCAUGUCUGCAGCAAAAUUUUCCACGAAGCCUAGUAAGCUGAAGUCUCUGAAGGCCACGAUUAAACCUCGUUUGUCAAGCAGCACUAGUCAUAAAAUUCUUUCGGGAAAGUCUUCUCUCGGUGAGGUUGGUGAUGCAAUAAAGAACAAGCUGCGCUCAAGCAGCAGACCUCCAUCAGACUUUGAGCGCUCUGUCGCAAACACCUCCCCUAUAUUAAAGCAUCCAGCUAAUGCGAAAGGCGGAGCAGCAGGCUUGUCACUUCUACGUCGAAGCACAACCUCAUCGUCGUCUCGUCAAUCUCCAAAGAAAAGUCCGCAUCCAGCCUCCUUUAAUGUCCCACAAUCGAGGUCAGUGCCAGUUGGAUUGCCUGUUUCAACAGAUAGAGUAGUACUAGAUCAUGCUAAAGCUAAUGGAUUGACUUCUGGCUCGUCGCGCUGUGGCACUGAGGGUGUAGCAAAACACUCUGCUGGCAGAAAAGCCACUGCUGUUGCUGUUGCGCCUAGGGUGAGUAAGUCCGCAGCUACUUUGCCGCCUGCCCCUGUGGUGCGAGCAGACACAAGUGCCGCUGAUAGUAGUACUAGCGCUAGUAGUACUAACCCUACUGCGCCUGAUGGUGAGAACGUAGGUAAGGAGAACCAUCCGCCUGUGUUGCGAGACGUUCCAGAAGAGCUGGCGUUACACCAGCCCAUGGCAGGUGAACCAGACUCAGUAAUAGAUCAACCCUGUGCUGAGAGUGCUGAUAGUACAGCCGGCACUAGGCCAACGGAGAGUGCUGAUAGUACAGCCGGCACUAGGCCAACGGAGAGUGCUGAUAGUACAGCCGGCACUAGGCCAACGGAGAGUGCAACGCUGCCAGAGCCAGCUGAUCAGAAAGGUCAGACAAGCAGUACUUCUUUGCCUCCAUCUGGCCAAGAUGUAGCACAGCCGCGGACACCUACAAAGGCAUGUGCCAGUACUCGGCCAGCUGUUAUUGCGACAACAAAAACACAGCACACCGUGUCGACAAGAGCACCUACAACCACUCGAUCAUCAGCCUCCCAGGCUAAGUCCCAACAGAUAAGAACAGGGAAGGCUACAAAUAGCCGACCAGUUGUUCCUAAAGUACCCACAACUCCACAAGGUGGGGUGACCUCAAACACGGUUGGCGUGAUUAAGAAACCACCAUCUACUUCCCCUGCAUCGACCUCAGCUACAUCUGUGAAAAAAAGCACCACUCCUGGCGGGAAGUCACCAAGACAAAGCAUAACUUCUGUUCGUCCUGUUUCUUCGGCAUCAUCACUUCAGGCAAAAAAGACAGUCACAACUUCCCAAUCUAGUCAGAAUAUUCAUCCUUCCCUUCCAUCAUCCAGCUCUGCAAGAAAGUCUAAUGCUGUAGUCAAGUCCGCCACUGUCAAACAGCCUUCCACUGGUGCAUCGCUCAGUGACAGUAUGCAAUCAAGACGAGUAGCCCGUGGAAACCCUCCUAGGGUAAGCCAGACUGCUGCUUCAUCUGCAACUCAAACACCCACCAAGAGAGCACCAACAACGACGACCAUUUGCUCUGCUCCUGCCAAGACAGCUGUACCUCGUACUGCAAUCGGCGAAAGGAAAACAUCCAAAGCGUCGACUGCCCAGCCAUCAAUACGUGCACCACACACGACACCAAGUAAGUCACUGCACACAAGAAACACUGUCCGGCCAGCAGUUGUGACGCCAUCUGUAUCCGCAUCUGCCGCUACUGGCAUUCGUUCCCAGACAUUGUCUCCAAAGAAUGUGCAAGGCUCGAUGACAACGGCUCUCCCAAUGACCAAACCAGGCAGCAAAGACACCGCUGCAAAGAAGGAUGACAGCCAGUCAUCUCCAGCAAUCACUCAGCAAGAGAUGGAGGCGUUAAAGAUGAGGAUUGCUGACUUGGAGAAGGAGCUUGAAAGGACGAAUUCAUGCUGGGCUGAGAAAGUUUCUGCUUGGCAUAAUGAACACCUUGCCAGCGUAUCUCUGGUCCAGGAUCAGAAGUGCAAGCUUGAUGACUUUCAGAAACAAAUAGAAAACCUGACCAUAACUAAUAGAGAUCUUGUAAAUCAAUUGGAAGAACGCCGGUCACUUUAUAAAGACAAGGAUGCAGAGAUGCAGGAACAGCAUAAGCAACACUUGUUUGCUAUCGAUGCUCAGUGGAAGAGCGAAAUGGAAUUCCUUUCACGGGAUCACAAGCAAAAGUUGGAGGGGAUGGAGUUAGGCCAUGAAUCAGAAGUCCAGGACUACCAGCAAUCUUGUUCUAGAUUGGAAGAGACCAUCACUAAUGUUGUGACUGAACGUGAUGCUGCACUUUCCGAGGUGGCCAUACUCAAAACCGAGAAUGCAGAUCUAUUACAAAAGGGAAACUCCCAAGUCCUGGUAGCUGAGGUCGAGUCACUGCGGGUUGUCCUGGGAAUGAAAGCUGAUGAGAUCAAGCAGUUGCGCUGUACCAACUUAGAUUUACAAGUAAAGAUUGAGAAACUGGACACUGCUUUCCAGCAAGCCGAAUCUGCACGUGCAAAGAACGAGGAGCUACAAGCACAGCUUCAUCACACUAGGUCACUUCACCGAACUGCCGAGACAGAAGCUCAGCAACUACGGGAACGUACUGGUGACCUCGAUAGGAGUCACCAGCAGCUUGUCCGUGAUAAAGAAGAGCUCCAGUGGCUGUUGCAGACGCCAGGAAGGGAACAGAACGCUGCAGCAGCUGUUUCCCACGACGCUAUUACUCCACAUCGCCCAUUUCCUGUUUCCAACAAAGCAAUGUCAACACCAGGUCCAACCUGGUCAUUGUAAGAAUGUUGCAUGGCUGGGUACUUGAUUACACCAAUGUUUUUUUAUGUUUUUUUGUGGUUUUCGUUGUUGUAUCGGGUACGUUGGGUACUUCUUGUAGAUCUGAUUGUGAAAUCCUAUUGCUACCUCCUACAACUAAUGUACGUGUGCAUGUGUGAAGCCUUGAUAAUCCCGUUCGUAACAAGCGUACCAAAGUGUGUAGCUUGUCACUGUGCGUGUGUUGUGCGUGUGUUGCGUGUGCUUAUCUACGUGUAUGAGCUACUGUAUUAUUUUAUUCACCGCUGCUUCUGAUUCUGUGUUCAGCGUUAAUCUAAUCUGUGCGGGCACUGGUAUUUAUUUUAAUUAAUAAAAUCGUCCCAUCUUAUUAACAAGUAUCAGCAUUCAUUUUCGAUUUCCUGAUGACCUCCUUGUGGGCAUCGGAGGAACUUAUUGUUUCAUUCCGUGUUUUUAUUGUUUGUGUGUUGUCAUUUCACCGUGUUUCUGUACUUUUUAAUAAAAUUAUUAUAAUGCUUUGAGUAGGGCUACUUUACAAUUGUUGCCAGUGUUCAUUAACUCUCUUGUUCAUUUUCUGAACAAUUGGUUGUGUUUCUGGGUUUUAUUCCUAGUAUGAGAAGCAAAACUUCGCUCAAUA